UGCAAAUUACAUAUCUGGCGUAAUCGUUUCAGGCAGAGCUAACUUCUGAUGAAUUCUCGAAAGUAGCGUAGAAAAAGAUUUACUUCGCACGCUGGUGCCCGUAAAACUAUGUCCCAGCACUAUAAAAAAUUCCUUAGUCUUUUGGAGCGGUGGCCGUUGGAUAAGAGCAAGGUGGGACGUGAUUUAGGACAGUAUCUGCGUGACCAGCUGUCGGCAGUCCUCGGCACGUCGAAUAUCAUCGCCGUAAAGGACGAACGGCUGAAUCGACAGUUUCGUUCGCUGGAAAACAUCGUAAACGACGUGCACGCGAAGCGCCAUCCUCGGACACUGAACUCGACCGCCACUGGUUUAAGCGGCGAGCAGUGUCGCGAAGUGUUGUCCACAGAGUUUUUGCAGAUCCUGCAGAAGAAAAACUAG